AUGGCACAUCCUCACAAAAUCUCUAUUGCCGACUGGCAGAAAAACAAGUCGACCAUCUGUCGCCUCUAUAAGGAUGAGGAUAUCAAGUCUCAAUAUAUGAGGCAGUUCAAGGUAUGGCAUGUCCAAAAGAACCGGAAGGGCAACUUCUGGAAAGACGUUAGCCUGAAUCUCAAGAGCAAACACCUCACGGUUGAUGAUGUGGAUAUCUUCUUGGACGGGCAGCUUGUCCCAAGCAACAGACUGAAGAGGCAGAUUUCUCGAAAUGACCUUCCCACAUUGAAACGAACAACCAUUGUGCCUCGGAUCCCAGCCGGGAUAUUCAUUCGCCCGAGGAUCCAAAUACCGCGAUCUCUCAUCAUCUCUUUGCCGUGGCACCAGAUAUGCGCUCAGCUCGAAAUCGCCUUGUCAAGGAGGAAGGACCGUUCUCCGUCGCCACUGCCAUCCGCUGUCCUGGAUGUCACUGAUGAGUGGUCUGGACUGAGGAGCAAUUAUUACUGGGAGGAAGAAGUCCCCAGUCUUCCACGCGAGAUCGCCAUGAAUCAAGCUUGUCUUCCGUCCCUUGAGUUUCUGGAUCAACGAACCUUACAGAAGGCUUCCAGGGACAUCAACAUCGUCGACGCAGGUAUUGCCGGUGUAUUGAAUCUGUCAGAUUGGUGCACUAGCUGGGAAGGUAUCGCAUCUACCAUGGCUAAGAUCGCCAGAUUCAUGCCCGAAAGACGGCCCGGGGAAAUCGAAGACGUCGCCAAUCAACUGAUCGACCCCAACUCAACGAAGAGGAUGCAAGUCUUCAUGUCAUUCGCGGCGCUCAUGCUGGCCAAUAACCUUCUGCACAAGCAAGAAGUUGACGCUUUCGUCAUUGCUCUGGACGAAAUCGCCGGGCCUAGUGCUUUUGACAUGCUCCCUCUGAGGGACGACCCCAGCACUCGCGCCAUCAUCUCAGAACUUCUGUUUGCAGCCGUGAGGGUCGACAAGCCGGUGCUAGUGAAAAGCGCGAUGAAGAAGGGGAUAAGUGUGAAUACCAGGUCUGUGGGCAAAGGUUCGAAAACUUUGAUUCUGGAAGCAGUGGAAUGGGGGAGGAUUCGAAUCGUUGAGAUGCUCAUUGAUGCUGGUGCAGAUAUAACUCCAGGAAGAAGGGUCAGCUCAAUUGGACAUCAACGAUAUUGUCCAUUGUUUAAAAAUGAAGCUGAGUGCACUGCUUCGGAGUACUGCCAACGAUCAGCGUUUUACUUUGAGUGCGAAAUUGAAUGGGCAAGAAAUGAAUGUGUCUUUAGCAUCGCUGCAAUGUCGCGUAAAGCUGAUGAACUAAUUCCGCUACUGCUCAAGUCUCCAGCUUCAAUACUGGCUGGUCCGGUGAUUGUGCAAGCAAUAUUUCACGGUGCCAGCAAGGAAACGGUCGAGAUGCUUCUUCGGAAAGGUGCGGCAGCGAACGAAUGUGGCCUAUUCAGACAUGAUAUCUGUGAGGAGGAUCAUCAGAGAUCAACAGCCCUUGGCGCAGCGGUUUCCAACGGUGAUAUUGAGAUGGCGAGACUCCUUCUCGACUAUGGUGCGAAUCCAAAUGGUCCGAUAGAUGGCAGACAUAAGAGAGUUCUGGAAUCAAUGACUGAGUGGUUUUACCAUUCGCCACUCGUCGUUGCUGCUGAGUGUAAGAAUUUGGACAUGGUUCAGCUACUGGUCGAACGUGGCGCAGAUCCAAACUGGUCGGCUUUGGACAUUAUCGGAAAGAGAAACGGGAUGCAGAUUAUUCGAAGCGAGGACGGCCCUCUUACUCGAUUUCUUUACUACUUACCCUUACAGGCCGCGACAAGCCUUGAAGACCCUGCCAUGACGCAGUACCUCCUGAGCAAGGGAGCAGCCACGAACCCAGGACACGGAAUACCUCCUUUAUCAAUUGCAGCAUAUCAUGGGCGAGAUGCGACUGUUGACUUGUUGAUCAGGUCGGGUGCUAUGAUCAACGCAGUCGAUGCAGAAAUGUCAGCCCUUGAAGGAGCAGUGUGUUCAGGAAGUGAGACCCUAGUGCAGCGGAUGAUCUCUGCCGGAGCAGAUUUGGAUCGAUGUCUCUCUGCGAGAUCCGGAAGCACCGCCCUUCAACGAGCUGCUGCACAAGGAUUCGGUGCCAUUUUCGACAUCUUGCGAAGGGCUGGAGCAAGACUCGACUCCUCCUCGACCCCAAACCAUGCGACGACAAUUCUUCAAGGAUUCGUCAAACACCAUGACUACGAGCGGUCACUUGAGCUACUGAAAGAGGGAGUGUCUCCAAAAGGCAAGUGCAAGGAUGGUUCCUCGCCGCUGAUAGCAGCCACUCAGGGUCAAGAUUUGAGGCUCAUGUCUCUGUUGCUUGAAUACAACGCAGAUGCCAAUGAUGCAUAUCCAUCAUCUCUACGAGAUACGGAAGUUAAGACUCUAUCUAAUAACCAUGGGAUAGGAGACAUGCUGCAAUCGAGGCUAGUCGCAAGACCUCCGGUCCAAUGGGCAGUUGCUAUGGGCAACUUGGAUGCCGUGACCUGUCUGUGCAAUGCCGGGGCUGACGUGAACAAAAGGGGCAAUUAUGUGUUCAGUGGAUCGUCAGAUGGCUUGACUGCCUUACAUCUGGCCGUUGUAUUGAAACAAACGAGCAUUGUUGAAUUUUUAUUGGGUCACGGGGCCGAGGUCAACACUAUCUUCAACCAAAGUCUCGAUUCAGUCUUAACGCCAAUAGUCAUUUCAGUUGCAAACUCGGAUUUUGAGAUUACGAAUAUUUUGCUCCAGCAUGGGGCGGAUCCAUACCUGGGCCAACUUGACAACAGCGAGGACCAGGAGGAGGAGGAGCGACGGAGAUGCGAUAAGAGGCUUGCUCUUGAGCAAGCAUGUUACUCGGGAGAUGUCGAGAUGACCCGCUUUCUGAUAUCGUCUGGGGUCGAUGUCCAUGUCGGAUAUCCUUUGGUUUUCACUUUCCAGACAGAGCUUUCAGACAUGGAGCAACGAGAGGAAAUAAUGGAGCUGCUGCUCGCCAAGGGCGUGGACAUAAACCAUCGGCAUUCCCUCAUAAACACUCCUUUGCAGGCCGCACUCUGGCAUGGCUGCUACAAUCGUUAUUUUACUCCGUUAACGCAUGGGGCAGGGUCUGUUCCUGCCGACUCUGUUCGUGCAGUAGCACUUCGGUGUGCUCGCAGACUCAUUGAGCUGGAUGCUGAUAUCAAUGCUCUGCCGGGUGAAUCUUACGGGAGGACUGCGCUUCAAGCUGUUGUUGAGAUUGGCGAUGUCGAAUUUGUCCGUGAUUUGUUGUCAAGAGGAGCAGAAGUGAACGCUCCAGCGGCGCCACACCGCGGAGUCACAGCCCUCCAGGCAGCUGCAAUCACGGGGUCCUUGCGUAUUGCACAAAUUCUUCUGGAACAUGGCGCUGAGAUUGAUGCGGAUCCAAGUCCCAUGGAAGGCAGACGAGCAAUUGACGGAGCAGCAGAACGGGGACACAUCGACAUGGUGAAAUUGCUCUUGGAUAACUACAACGGGCCCAGGACUAUCUCGAAUGUCUGCGAAAGUGCUAUGGAGUACGCGAAAGGGAACAAGCAGUGGUAUAUGAUGGAAUUUUUGGAAGCUUACAUACCGCCGCAAGGAUGA